AUGACUGAUAUAGCACCUCCAUCGGCAGCUACUCCUAAUGAUUAUAUAUUGAGCUUGUCGCCUGAACAAAUUGAACAUGACCAAAAAAUUGGGAUCAAAGCUAUUAGGUUAUUUUUACAAAGUAAAACAUCUUACGACGUCUUACCUGUGAGUUAUAGAUUAAUUGUUUUGGAUACUUCGUUAUUAGUGAAAAAGUCAUUGAAUAUUUUAUUGCAAAAUAAUAUAGUCUCAGCACCUUUAUGGAAUAACCAAACAUCCAGGUUCGCUGGAUUGUUGACAUCGUCAGAUUUUAUCAAUGUAAUACAAUACUAUUUACAAUUUCCAGAGAAGUUUGAGUUAGUUGACCAACUAACAUUAGGCGGAUUAAGAGAAAUCGAAAAAGCCAUAGGGGUGGAUCAAAUCGAAACAGCAUCAAUACAUCCAUUCAAGUCUUUGUACGAAGCAUGUGUCAAGAUGUUAGAAUCAAAAGCUAGAAGAAUCCCAUUGAUUGAUGAGGACGAAAAAACUAAACGUGAAAUUGUCGUUAGUGUGUUGACACAAUACAGAAUUUUGAAGUUUGUGGCUUUGAAUUGUAAAGAAACGAAAAUGUUAUUGAAACCCCUCAAGAAUUUGAGUGGAUUAGGUGAUGUGAAAAAAUUAUCUACUUGUACCAUGGACACACCUGUUAUAGAAGUCAUUCAUUUGUUGACUGAGAAUUCUGUUUCCUCGAUACCAAUAGUUGACGAACAAGGGAAAUUAAUCAACGUAUACGAAGCAGUGGAUAUAUUGGCAUUAGUUAAAGGUGGAAUGUACACGGAUUUGGAUUUGUCUGUUGGAGAUGCUUUGUUAAGAAGGCAGGAGGAGUUUGAAGGUGUACACACCUGUACUUUGAAUGAUAGAUUGAGUACCAUUAUGGAUACCAUAAGAAAAAGUAGAUUGCAUCGUUUAUUUGUUGUUGAUGAUGAGGGGAAACUUGUUAGUGUUAUCACAUUAAGUGACAUCUUGAACUACAUAUUAUUUGGAGAGGAUUAG